AACCGCCGGCCGGAAGAUCCUCUUCGGCUCUCUCCUUGUCCAUAACCACCAUCAAUUCUGUUACUAAAGAACACCAAAAGGUCAAAACCCUAGCCGCCUCCCUAGAACUCUCGCAGCACCAUGUCGGCAUCCACUAGCGGCGGCGGAUCGCUCUCGCCCCAGGCGGCUGCAGCGCUCCAGGAGGGUAUCGGGCUGGUGUUCGGGCGGUGGACGGCGCUGCAGAUGGCUGUGGAGAACGAGUGGGGCGGCCCCGACUCCCGCGCCAAGGCCGACCAGCUCGCCGCGUCCAUCCUCUCCUGGUUCACCAACUCCAAGGGCCCAUAUUAUUAUGAGGACUUGGAGGAUAUGAUGUUUGACAGAAUAUAUAAAUCCCUCAAUUCUAACUUUGCGGAUGGUAGCAUUAGGGAGGUUGCUGAACAAUUUUUUAUGAUGCAUGAAGAAUGCCUGGAAAACAACUUUUCAUCGAUUGAGAAAUUAAGGAAUACACGUCCUCAAGGAAAUGUUGUUUCCCAAAGUAGACAGAUGGUAACCGAGGAGGAUGAUGAUAGCUUGGACGAUGGUGAUGAGCCAUCAAUGGGGGAAGAUAAAGCAGCUAGAUCAGAUGAUAUGGCAGUAGAUCAGCCAAAACCUUCCAAGCCUACCCCUGGUGCUGAUGGGUGGACUGUUGUGCAUCCUAGGCGUGGCCAAGGCAAGAAUUAAGCGCAGAAGCAAACCUUGGCAAGAUACCUCCUGGUUAGAGGCCGUUUUCAUGGUUUUUUUUAAAUGAUCGUGUAUUUAAACCAUAUUCGGGAAUAUUAAAAA